GAAGACAAAGGCAACAUUGAAAAUUAUUUUGUGAUAUAUCAUCAUUUUCCUUCAAAAUCCAGCAACAUAAACCAAACCCACGAUUCGGUGAAGAACCAAAAAGGGGGAAAAACAAUGGGCGAUCCCACUGCAAAGGGCGAAGACUUCGAGAAAAAAGCCGAGAAGAAGCUCAGCGGCUGGGGCUUUUUCGGCUCCAAGUAUGAAGACGCCUCCGAUUUGUUCGAAAAAGCUGCCAAUUCCUAUAAGCUUGCCAAAUCAUGGGAUCAGGCCGGAGCAGCGUAUGUUAAGCUGGCUAACUGCCACUUGAAGUUGAAUAGCAAGCAUGAAGCUGCUACUUCAUAUGCUGAUGCUGCCCAUAGCUACAAAAAGUCCAAUAUAAGAGAGUCGAUAUCAUGUCUCGAGCAAUCUGUAAAUUUGUUUCUUGAUAUGGGAAGGCUUAAUAUGUGUGCCAGAUAUUACAAGGAAAUAGCUGAACUGUAUGAGCAGGAACAGAACUUCGAGCAGGCUAUUGUUUAUUAUGAAAGAGCUGCCGAUCUCUUCCAAAGUGAAGACGUAACAACAUCAGCCAAUCAAUGCAAGCAGAAAGUUUCUCAAUUCGCUGCUCAAUUGGAACAAUACCAAAAGGCUAUUGAUAUUUUUGAAGACAUAGCACGACAGAGUCUCAACAAUAACUUGCUGAAAUAUGGAGUCAAAGGGCACCUCCUCAAUGCUGGUAUUUGCCAGCUUUGCAAAGGUGAUGUUGUUGCGAUAAACAAUGCAUUGGAGAGAUACCAGGAAUUGGAUCCUACAUUUUCUGGAACACGAGAGUACAAAUUGCUUGCGGAUUUAGCUGCUGCUAUUGAUGAGGAAGAUGUUGCUAAAUUCACUGAUGCUGUCAAGGAAUUUGAUAGUAUGACCCCGCUGGUAAGUGUGUUUUCAUUUAUCCGGACUUGAUUUUUGUCCCCCUACCUUUUGUUAUACA